AUGCACUGGCUCCUGGUCCUGCAGCCCCAUCCUCCAAACCCCACCCCAUCCCACUCCACCCCAUCCCACUCCACCCCACACAGCAGCCCCAUCCUCCAAACCCCACCCCAUCCCACUCCACCCCACACAGCAGCCCCUCCCUCCAAACCCCACCCCAUCCUACUCCACCCCACACAGCAGCCCCAUCCUCCAAACCCCACCCCAUCCAACUCCACCCCACACAGCAGCCCCAUCCUCCAAACCCCACCCCAUCCCACUCCACCCCACACAGCAGCCCCAUCCUCCAAACCCCACCCCAUCCCACUCCACCCCACACAGCAGCCCCUCCCUCCAAACCCCACUCCACCCCACACAGCAGCCCCAUCCUCCAAACCCCACCCCAUCCCACUCCACCCCACACAGCAGCCCCAUCCUCCAAACCCCACCCCACCCCACUCCACCCCACACAGCAGCCCCAUCCUCCAAACCCCACCCCAUCCCACUCCACCCCACACAGCAGCCCCAUCCUCCAAACCCCACCCCAUCCCACUCCACCCCACACAGCAGCCCCAUCCUCCAAACCCCACCCCAUCCCACUCCACCCCACACAGUUUCUAA